ACGUACAGACCCAGUUCUGUUCGUAUUAUCACUAAAAACGCAGUUGGACAUGACGGACAUCAAUCUGUUGCUGCUUGGAGAGCAUGGGGUUGGAAAAACGACCUUCGUCAACUCACUUAUCAACUACUUCCAUUAUGAAAACAUAGAAACUUUCAGCAAGAAUACUCCAAUAGUGGCAGCACCACAAAGAGUUUCUGUUGUUGAUACAAAUUUCAAAGAAGUAUCUCUUUCUUUAAACGCAAAUAUUGAUGCAAAGUCUAAGUUUAAACCUAAUACAAGAAGAAAGGAAUACUUUGUUCCGGUAGAUGGACAUCGGUUAAGGCUUAUAGAUUCCCCAGGUUUCGAAAUUUCCAAAGAUGGACAACCCGAACUUAAUACCCUCAGUCUGCCCUGUCAUCUGAGAGAGCUGCACGCCGUGUGCUUUUUUUUAAGAUCGUCGGAUACACAAAUAAGUCGAUCGUUCGAGGACCUAAUGAGACAAAUUGUGGCAAAAUUAGAUGCAGCUGCCCAUAAAAAUUUUAUUUUCAUUUUUACGAGAGGCAAAAAAGUAUCUUUUAGUGCUAGUUCUGCACAAUAUGCUUUAAUGAGAUUUGUGAAUACCAUCAAAUCAACAACACCUGGAAUUAACACUCCAAUAGGUACCGAAAACUUAUUCUGUGUGGACAAUGAAGCUUUCGUUCAUUUGGUGGCACAUUUGUGUGGUGUACCUUUAAAUUCCAAAGAAACUAAAGAGUCUGAACUUAGUUGGAAAAAAUCACUAGCAGCAUGCAAGCGACUUGUCGCUUAUGUUAGCAAAUUAACACCUUUCCAACUCCCGGUUAAUAGUGCCGUUGAACCGAUCCAAACAUUUCUUGAGAAAAAUUCUCCUCCUUUAUUGCAUAUAGCUCUCUCCAACUUUGAAAACACAAAUAAAUGCAAAAAACUCCUUGAUGAUUCGGAACAAGCAUUCCAGAUGGUUGAUGACAUGAAACAAGUAAUUCAGAAGCCUCCAGCACCAAGUUCUCAUCACAAACAACACCAUCCCCAAAAAAAACAAUCUAGAGAGUCAUACGAGAUAACUAACUUUGCAAAUAGUUAUAAAAAGCAGGACGAAAAGAACGCCAUAACUUAUACUCAGAUUGAGUUUAGCAAAAUCACAGAAUCGCAAACAAGAGACUCUGUCGACGGUGAUAUGAAAGCAAACCUAGAAAAAACCGCCAAAAUCUUGAAACAGCAGAAAAAAUUCAUCGCAAACGCAUGCAAAGUAGUUGAAACCCAACAAGACAAAAUUUAUCAGGUUUUAGAAAAAUUUGCUGCACUGGCUACAUUUUUAGAAACAUAUGGCCUAGAUGACAAUUUGGAAGCAAAAAUCGCGUCUGCAUCGUCUGAAGAAGGCAAGAACGAGAGAGAGAAAAAAAUAUUAGACAAAGUGCGACAAGUGUACGAACGUAUCAAAAGAAACGCGAAAAAGGAGGCAAAAAUAGAAGUAAACGAGGACGAGAUAGCAACGAUCGGGAAAGAGCUUGAAAAGCUUCAACUUUGCCAGGAAGUUCUCGAUAAUAUAUUCAAAAAUUAAAUAUUCAAUCACUGUUUACCUAAAUAUAAGUUUUAAUAAUUGGAAA